AUGAGCUACAUGAAGAAGGACGAGGACGCAGACCAAAUGAUGAUGAAGUUGGACAGGACAUCCGUUUUCCAGGAUGCCCGAUUAUUCAAUUCGUCCCCUAUAUCACCGCGAAGAUGCCGGACUCUGUUAACAAAGCUUGCCGUUCUAAUGUUCACCGGCGAGAGAUUCCCCACGGAUGAAGCUACGACACUCUUCUUUGGAAUCUCGAAGCUCUUCCAGAACAAGGACCCAUCUCUACGACAGAUGGUGUAUCUUAUCUUGAAGGAGCUCUCCAAUACCGCACAGGAUGUCAUCAUGUCAACUUCUAUAAUUAUGAAAGACACUUCUGUUGGCAGUGAUGUCCUAUACCGAGCGAACGCUAUAAGGGCCCUGUGUCGUAUAAUAGAUGGUAUCGAGCGACUCAUUAAGACUGCCAUUGUGGAUAAGACGCCCUCGGUUUCCUCCGCCGCUUUAGUUUCCGCAUACCAUCUUCUUCCAAUUGCAAAAGAUAUUGUCCGGAGAUGGCAGAGCGAAACCCAGGAAGCUGCUUCUUCCGGGAAGCAGUCUGGAGGCCUUCUCAGCUUUACGUCGUCAACACAGCGCCAUACCAUGUCCCAGACCAGCUAUAUGACACAAUACCAUGCCAUUGGUCUCCUCUGCCAGAUGAGAGCUCAUGACAGAAUGGCAAUGGUCAAGAUGGUACAGCAGUACGGUUCCGGUGUCGUUAAGAGUCCCCCCGCAAUCGUUCUCCUCGUGAGACUCGCCGCAAAAUUAGCCGACGAGGAUCAAAGUCUACGAAAACCCAUGAUGCAGAUGCUGGAAAGCUGGCUUCGAGGGAAACAUGAAAUGGUUAUUUUCGAAGCGGCCAAGGCAAUUAGUGAGAUGAAGGACGUAACCGACGCAGAGGCUGCCCAGGCCGUCAACGUCCUGCAACUUUAUUUGUCCUCUCCUCGAACCACCAGCAAAUUCGCUGCCAUCCGUCUAUUGCAUACUUUCGCAUCCUUUAAGCCACAUGUCGUCAACGCCUGCAACCAAGAUAUCGAAUCCUUGAUCUCCAAUUCCAACAGAUCUAUUGCCACAUUCGCCAUCACCACCCUUCUUAAGACCGGAAAUGAAGCUAGUGUUGAUCGCCUCAUGAGCCAGAUCUCUGGUUUCAUGUCCGAUAUCACAGAUGAAUUCAAGAUCACUAUUGUGGAGGCAAUCCGGACACUGUGUCUCAAAUUCCCAAGCAAGCAAGCUGGAAUGCUCUCUUUCAUCAGUGGUAUCCUUAGGGAUGAGGGUGGCUAUGAAUUCAAGAAGAGCGUUGUUGAGAGCAUGUUUGAUCUUAUCAAGUUCGUCCCAGGAAGUAAAGAAGAAGCCCUUUCCCAUCUCUGUGAAUUCAUUGAAGACUGCGAGUUCACGAAAUUGGCGGUUAGGAUAUUACAUCUCCUCGGCGUCGAAGGCCCAAAGACACCCAAUCCCACCAAAUAUAUCCGGUAUAUCUAUAACCGGGUUGUCCUUGAAAAUUCAACUGUCCGGGCCGCCGCUGUUACUGCUCUAGCUAAGUUCGGCGUCGGUCAGAAAGACCCUGAACUACGACGAAGCGUUAUCGUACUCCUCAAGAGAUGUUUGGAUGAUACCGAUGAUGAAGUUCGUGAUCGUGCUGCCCUUAACCUCAGAUUGAUCGAUGAUAGUGAAAUUGCUGAGCGAUUUAUUGCCAAUGAUACCAUGUACUCUUUAUCUACUUUUGAACACCAGCUUGUCAUGUAUGUCACUGCAACUGACAAAGAGACCUUCGCAACCGCAUUUGAUUUGUCAAAGAUCCCGGUCGUGUCCCAAGAGCAAGCCCUAGCCGAAGAGAGAACCAAAAAACUUACUUCGGCUACACCAACUCUCAAAGCUCCAACUUCUGGCCCUUCAAAAGCAAAGCAAAAUGGGGCCGCCGAUGGAGCAGCUGCAGCUCAAGCAACGACUCAGAAAUUUGCCGAGGAGCUGGCACAAAUCCCCGAACUCAAGGAAUAUGGAACUCUUCUCAAAUCCUCCUCACCUAUCGAGCUUACCGAGCGGGAGACCGAAUACGUUGUCACAGCCAUCAAACAUAUCUUCAAAGACCAUAUCGUUGUACAGUAUGACAUUAAAAAUACCCUUCCUGAUACUGUACUCGAAGACGUGUCCGUUGUUGCAACUCCUUCAGAAGAAGAGGAGUCACUUGAGGAGGACUUUAUUGUCCCUGCUCCAAAACUGGUACCAAACGAGCCUGGCCUAGUAUAUGUUGCAUUCAAGAAGGCCGGCGGUGAACAUGACUACCCCAUCACAUCAUUCACAAACGUCUUGAAGUUCACUAGCAAGGAAAUUGACCCCACUACUGGCGAGCCUGAAGAAACUGGCUAUGAAGAUGAAUACCAAGUGGAGGAUCUUGAGCUCACGGGCAGUGACUAUGUUGUUCCAGCCUUUGCGGGCAACUUUGAUCAUCUCUGGGAGCAGACUGGUGCCAAUGGCGAGGAAGCUAGCGAAACCCUACAGCUAUCCAACAUGAAGGGUAUAUCAGAUGCCACUGAGCAACUCAUUGCUACUCUAUCCUUGCAGCCCUUGGAAGGCACGGAUGUCGUUCUCAAUAACUCCACACAUUCACUCAAGUUAUAUGGAAAGACUGUAUCUGGAGGCAAAGUCACUGGCCUGGUACGGUUGGCGUACUCCGCAAAAUCUGGUGUCACCACCAAGAUAACGAUCCGAGCGGAAGAGGAAGGUGUUGCUGCCGCAAUCAUAACUUCAGUUGCAUAA